AUGUCUUCUUUACCCUCUCUAAUCAACUCCUUGACAAAUAAUGCUGCAAAGGGCACGGGGAUUGUGAAGCUUGUUGGUAUCGCUAAAAACGCUCUUCACCUGCAAUCCAAUCAGCAGAUCCCAGAUGCACUAAUAUUGUAUCUCAAAGAUCAACAACAGUCUCAGUUUGGAUCCUAUCCAGACCACAAAGACGUUGCUCCAAGUAGCGUCUUUACAGCAGUGUUUUUCCUGCUAAUGCUUGGGCACUUAUUUGUCUUCAUCAAGAACAAGACAAGAGGCCACUGGUUCCCGCUAUCACUUGGUUUUGCUGCUUAUUGCCUGAUAAGACUUUUAGGCUUUGCUCUAAGAAUUGCCUGGGCAAAAGACAUCCUCAGAUUGCACACAGGCAUAGCUUCCGAGGUUCUGCUUGUACUUCCAACGGUGUUUCUAGCCUCUCUCAACCUUGUGCUAGCACAACGGCUUUUCACUUGGCGUCAUCCUGUUGGCGGCAACCAGAGAUUCUUCCAGAUUGCCAUGAUGACAAUCUAUUCAAUUGUGGUGGCAGUCGUGAUCAUGACAAUUGUUGCAGGUGUGGUGCCCUAUUUAUACUUCCUGAGCCAAAGCCACUAUGACAUGUGCCGCAACGUUGUGAAGGUAACGUCCGUCCUUAUCUGUUUCUACUCACUGUUGGCCAUAUUGCUUGUUCUAAGCGCCUUCUUGAUUCCUCCUUCUUCCAGAGACAGAAAAGCAACCGUAUUCCAGCCAUUUUGGAUCACGUCAUUUGCUCCGACAUAUUAUGCUCCCCGGGGCGCUGCUGAGGAAGGACAAUACCUGUUUGUACAGAGGCACGGUGAACUUUCCAAAUACUCGGAAAGGACCAUUUUGAAAGGAGGAGAUCUCUAUUCGAUGGCGGAUGAACCAUCGCAGCUCAACCAGUUUGAAGCUCAGAGGGAAGCCAAAUAUUCUAUCAAGCACAACAACUCAAUUCUGCUGGUUGCGCUCACAUCUGCGUGUGUCUUUAUUGGCGCUAUUUUUAGAUGCGUGCUUUUAUUUUUUGAUACAACGUACGCUACACAAGGGUGGCUGGCUAAACCAGUGGUUAUGUAUAUGCUCUGGGGAUUUUUGGAAGCUGUUGUCAAUCUGCUCUACUUAUUCGGAAGGGUAGAUUUGAGAUUUUACAGACCUGACAAAAUCCCAGAUAAGCUUAUCACUGCCACUGACUCAACAGUCGUGCCAAAUUCCAGCGAAGACAAGCCAGGCGCACAAGCAAGUCCCAGUUUGGUUUAA